CGGCCCUGAAAUGUGUCGAGGACGCUUGAUCCGAAUGUCGACGACGUCAAGCAUCAAGCACGAGGCAGCCUUUCUUCCUUUUCUGUCUUUGCUACUGCUUUGUCUGCUACCUUCGCCUUUGUGCUGCCUCUAUGGCUAUGCAGGACUGGGGUGUAUUUAUUUGGAAUGACCCCUCCUCUUGCGCAUCUCUUUCCUUCCCUUUCCCCUUCGUCCUGGUGGCGACAUCUUACUUUCAUUUUUGGAAUCUUUGCAAUCAUGACCGCGACAGCUUCACAAAAUCUGCCGCCAUCGAUCGACUUGACGGUUCUCGAGGCACGCUUGAAGAAGAAGUCUGGUCAUCACUGCAGUCAGCUAGAGGUUGCUGGUCAAUCGCGCAACUACAGGCUCUACACUGUAGUCAUAGAUAUCCACGGCAAGAUUUUAGUCCGUGUAUACCGGCCAUUGAUGAUGGACGGCGUUGGCGGUGUAUCAUGUGCUAAUGCACUAUUUUCUGAGUUUUCGACCCUCCGCUUUCUCCAGAAGGAAGACCCUACGAUACAUGCUCCUCGACCGAUUUGUUAUGACGAUGACCAGGACGGUCGUGUUGGGGGAGCAUGGAUUGCCACUGUGUUUAUCGAAGGAAACCUCCUUUCCAAACAGCUCCCGUUGCUCGAAGAAUUUGUGACACAGUCCCUUAUUCGACAGUCUGUCAAGGAAAUUUACACCAAGAUCUUGAAAUCCGUCUUCACCAAAUUUAGCGAGAUAGGGAGCAUCCACGCCUAUGGGAACAGUGAUUCUUCGUGUUGUCAUUUUGUGUGCUGUGCAGACGUAGAGGAGUUCUGUAUCGGACCUAUGGCGUUACCCCCAUCGAACGAAGCCGGUGUUACUGCUCCGCCUCGCCUUUCAGACUCCGGCCCAUUCCGGACGGGGGAGGAAUGGUUACUGGCAGUAGCCUGUCGGCAUUUGGAGUAUUUUGGGAGUAGCAGGCGAGCUGAGCCUACUCAAACUGCGGUCCGUCUGCAGAGCAAGGUAAUAAGUCAGUUCUGCGAAGCGGCAGACAUCCUCGGCAGGCGCCCUCCUCCAGCUCUUGUCCUUGAGAACGUCAACUUCAGUGAUGAGAACAUUCUGGUCGCGCCUAAUGAUCCGACUAGGAUUGUCGGUAUCCUGGGGUGGGCCGGUGCACGCGUUGUGCCUUAUUGGGGUAGUGAACGACCCGGACCUGAGUCUGAACUGGAGGGCGAGCUGCGGCGAAUCGUGGGAUUUGACCUCUUCAUACAAGAUAUCCGACACUGGGAUGACGAUUUUUUAACUACGCUAGCUUGGUGGGCGAAGAACUGGCAUAUGGUCAAGGGCGAAGGAAGCGUUGAAACUGUAUUAGACAACAGGCUGAACAUCACUAUGGUUUUUUUUUUUCAAUGAGACGAGUGUUUACAGGUGAAAUACGGGUAAGGCUUCGCUCCUCUUAGUCACCGAAUGUUCCAUGUAAAACUUAUGGGAAUUGUGAACACGUCCUUAGUAAUAUCGAUGAUCGGUUUCUGAAAUCAUUCGUCAAAGGCCGACUCCAUAUUCACCAGCCUUUCCUGAUAUCAAAGUGAUCAUAGAUGCAUGCGGUGACCUCAGGCGUACCUUGCUGCGUGCUGGCAUAUGGCAGAGCGAGAGGACGCCGAAAAAAUGUUCCAAAGGAGAUGGUAGAGAGUCGGGGAUGAAUAUUAAUCCAUACUUUUCCUUGCUUUCCUUUGCGGCGAUGACUUCCUCUAGUUGAUUGCGGAUACUUGUAGUGAGAUGUUGCAGGCGACUCAGGCUACCAUGAAGAUAAGAGAUGUCAUCAGUGAACGAUGAGUGAAUCUAUAUGUCACGAG